GUCCGAUCAAACCAGAGAACGUAAUUGAAGGGUAGGUAGAGAAGUUGAGCUGAAGAUUGACACCGGAAAAUUUUUGACACGAAAAACUCUAUUUUAGCUCUACCCCAACCCAGCAUUCACUCAUCUUUCACUGUUAAAAACUCCUCUUUCACUCUCGGUUUUAAUCAUGUUACUGCAGUGUCUAAUGCCAUUGAAGCUAAGGUCACUGACGGGGUUAGUGACCGAAAUGGUGGCACAGCCAACAGGCUUUGUCACGACGUUACUGUACUACAGUGAUCUUCUGCCGCGGAAUCCUAACUUGGAGAGACUGGUUCGCCGGGAGUUGCUGUACCGGGAGAACUACUUGUUCCAUUUCAUCAUCAGCAUAUUGAGAUGUUUUUGCUAGCAUCAUCAGUUAUUUUGCAAUGUCAUUUCGUGUUUUGAGGAGGCCAGAGCGAUGGUAACAAUUUUUUCCCCCAAUUUAAAUUCAGAGAGAAGCUCAGAUAGACGAGCGGAUUUAGCGCAAUC